AUGACCGGCCAAAUCAAAGAAUACGAACGAACCCAGGCCAAUCCAGACAUCAAAACCUGUCUGAUUCCUCUAAAAACACCAGAUCUAUCUUUUAAUUUGAAAAUCCUCCAGCAUGGAAUUCUCCCUGCAAACACCCCCUCUCCACGGAUCAUCACCCAGUCGCAUAUCAAAUUCAAAUCAUCCAUUCAUCCAGAUGGCGCCACCGCUUCUGAGCUUACAGAAAGAUGUAUCGCAGAUGUUGAGGCGAUCAACCUUUUCUUCCCUGAUGUCAGGCCGGAGAAUAUUCGGGUUUGCAUGGCGGCGUGGUUGGCGACGCUGUGUGCUGUCGAUGAUAUACUCGAGCUGAUGCCGUUGGAGGCUGCCCAGGCGUCGUUGGAAAGGACGAUUGAGCGAGAUAAAUCGCUUUGUGUUGGCCACGAUCAAGUUGGAUUCAUCCUCAACGCCUUUCGAGAUCACUGCGGCUCACAACUAUCCCCUACCGUCGCGGAUAGUCUCAUGCAAGCUGUCUAUGGUGUUUUUCAAGGCUUAAUUGACGAAUUCUCCUUCCGACAAGGUCAUCUCCCGAAUACCCUCGAGACGUACAUGGGCAUUCGGAAUCGGACCAUCGGGCUUGAUCCCUUCUUCGUCUUGAUUAGAAGUAUCUUCCAUCCGAGCGAGUAUCUCGAUGAACUAGCCCUUCUACAAAAGACUGUCUGCACCGUUAAUGGGCUCCAGAAUGAUCUUGUCGGUCUGGAUAAAGAUCUGAAAGAGGGAGAGCUGAUGAAUGCUGUCGUGGUUUUGCAGGGACAGGAUCACCAAGCACUGCUUGAUACUACACAAACAGUGUGUCUGAUGCACAACAAGCAUAUUCUAGAUGCGAUGGAUAUCUCCCAGCAGCUGCAGAUGAAAAUGAAGGAUCAGAAUGGGGCGAUGUUUGCCUCUAUCUUGUUGGCUUUUACAGAGACGCAUUUCAAAUGGUGCACGUUAGCAAAGCGAUAUCAGGUUAAUCUCCAGUGA